AAUGCAAACUGACUGUUAAUUGUAUCCUUACUUUGACCCGACACCCAGACACAAAAAUUUGUAUUGAGUUGUGUUUGUACUGAUAAAAUAUGAUAUAUAGAAAUUCGUGAUGUGAAUAUGCAAAUACGAAUAUUACCUAUAUUUUUUUAUUAAUUAUCAUUUUAACCUUAUAAAUUUAUAAUUAUAAUUGUAUUUGUAUUUUUUGUAUUGUGACAAUCUGCAUAAAAGGUAAGUUGUGUCCACGUUGAGAGCACAUAAAUUUCAGAAAUUUUCGUAUUAACCCAUAAACAGAUAAAAAUUUAUAUGAUAUUCAUCUUAAAUUCAUGUAAUGUGAUAAUUUUCAUAGGCGAGAAUUUUUUGUGUGUGGAAAUAAAUAUAAAAGUAAGGGUAAGUAAAAAUGUUAUUUUUUAUUAUAUUUGGUAAAGUGAGCACGUGGACUUGCACCGCCAAAAAUUAUUUUCUAUUCCUGGGCGGCUGUAGGAUGGAAACAAAACUUCUGACGCUUUAAAAAAAAAAUAUGUAUUAUUUUAAAGGACGUAAAGUUAGUUGUGUCAUUUUAAGUGAGAGAAAAAGAUAGUCAUAAUGGAGACGGUGGAAAAAUAAAUAAAAUAAGGGUUUGAUGUUUGGAUAUAAACUAUAUUAUUUUAGAAGAGAGAUAGAUACAAAAAUUAAAAAUUAUAAAAAAGAAAGUGAGUGAUUUUUUUAUUUAAAUUUUAAAAAAAUAUUAUUUUAUGUCUAUUCCACGUAAAAUAACAUAAUUUUUAUAUCAUUUAAAAAUGAUAAAUAUUUUUUGAUAAAAUAAAGCCGCUACUAUAUAAUAUUCAUCGUAUCCCUCCCUUAUGUCGUAUCAAAGACUGUGGUCAAACCUUCACCAACACUCUGUUUUCAUCGCAUCUUCCUUCCAUUUCUGAACCAGACAUGUCUGAACUAGAACAAGUAGCACCUCAAAGGUAUCGCAUAGGCUACAUUCUCCAACCCAAAAAGCUCCUUAACUUCCUCGGAACCUCACUCAUCGACUACACAAAACAACGCGGCAUUGACCUCAUCCCAAUCGACCCAACCAAACCCUUAAUCCAACAAGGCCCAUUCCACUGCAUCAUCCACAAACUGCACCCUCAAGAUUGGAACAAACUAAACUUGGAUCAGUAUUUAGCCACAUACCCACAUGGACUCAUCAUCGAUCCCCCACACCUAGUGGAACGCCUCCACAAUCGUUCUUCAAUGCUCGAUGCGGUUACAAACUUGAAAAUCCCUCUUCAAAACGGCACCGUUGGGGUUCCAAACCAAGUUGUCGUCAAAACCAACGACGAGAUCGAAGAAGAACUUGAUUCCACUCUUCGAUUCCCCGUCAUCGCGAAACCCUUGUUCGCUGACGGAACCGCGAAUUCUCACGAGCUCCGUUUGGUCUUCGAUUCCGAGGGGCUCGCAACGUUGAACGCUCCCAUAGUUUUGCAAGAGUUCGUUAACCAUGGAGGCGUGGUUUUCAAAGUUUACGUUGCUGGGGAACACGUCACGUGCGUUAAGCGAAGGUCGUUACCUGAUAUAUCGGAGGAGAAGGCGAAAACGUUGAAGGGCACAUUGCCAUUUUCUCAGAUAUCGAACUUGACCGUGCAAGAGAGAAGCAAUGAUGUCGAAAUUGAAAAGACCGAAAUGCCCCCUCAGGGUUUGGUAACGGACUUGGCAAGAGCGUUGAGGGAGGCAAUGGGGCUUAACUUGUUUAAUGUUGAUGUCAUUAGAGAUGCCAAAGAUUGCAAGAGGUACCUCGUCAUUGAUGUCAAUUAUUUUCCAGGAUAUGCAAAAUUGCCUUCUUAUGAGUCCUUUAUUACCAGCUUUUUGUUGGAUUCUGUACGAAACAAGACUACUUAGGUAGGUGAGUGAGUCAGUGAGUGCUUUUUGUUUCUAACGUUGCUGAGUUUGGUGUUUGGAUUUGGUCUCCCUCUUCGUCCUUUUCUUGUCCUUUUCAAGAAUAAAUUGUUUUGCACCAAAUAUAUAUGAUUGAGAAUGGUUAUGCUCAUUGAAAUCUGGAGCUCCAAAAAUACCAAACUGCAUUGCCCAUGAACAGAUAAACAUGAUAUUGCUGAUUAUGCACUCCCCCCUUAACAUAUACUGAAUAACCUUUAUUCUACAAUUACUCGGACUUUUAUUUCAUAUAUAACCCAAUCAGAAAUUGAAUGACAGAAGAAGAAUGCGAUCAAUUCAAGUUUGCUAUUAUUUAAAAAUAUAACUUACUUAAAUUAACAAAGUUUAUCAUAUUUUGAAAAUAAUUUUUUCAAUUAUAAGAGUUCUUGCACAUUUUAAAAUAAUGGAUAAGAUACAGGGAUAGUGGCCAAAGUGCCACUGUUGGCAAAAAAAAACACCAAUAUGCCACGUCAGAACCAAAAAUGCCACGUGUUAAACAGGGAGAAUUUCGCUACACUGUGUAGCGAAAUUCUCCCUGUCUGACACGUGGCAUUUUUGGUUCUGUGCAUUCUGACGUGGCAUAUUUCGUUACACCGCGUAGCGAAUUAUACACAGUGUAGCGAAAUAUGCCACGUGGCAUUUUGGUGUUUUUUUUUCCAACAGUGGCACUUUGGCCACUGUUCCGGAUAAGAUAUUGUGCCACCUUUUUUUAUGCCUACUUUAUCUACUUAUUUCUAACAUCGUUAAAUCUGAAUCUCAAGAAGAAAAAGAAAGGAAGGAAGAAAGUUACUUGAGAUUCUGAUCCAAUAAUUUUGAAGAGUAAUAGGUAGAGUAGGCAUUUAGAAAAGAUAUGUAUAAUAUCCUAUCAAUUAAAAUAAAAGACAGGACAAGAAACAUAGUUGAGAAAUGCAAAGGAUCAUAUGUGGAUCAAUUUACUUGCUCCGAGCAAGAGCUUACCCUCUAGCCAAUCCUCCAGAGAAUGAAAUCAAAACAUCAGAGAUCUACAAUAACCUCAAAUAUCUACUUGGGCGCACGCUCGUAUUAUUACUUACAUAUAGCCUUUUUGCCAACCGAGUACAAUAUCAAUUAUGUGAGUUGUUUAAAAGAAUCUGCCAAUAUUAAUAAUUCCUCUGGUAUCCACUUAUUCGUCUGCGGAUUUUAACUCCAUGAAAGUCAUUAUGAGCUUCCCUCAGCCAAAAAAAUAAAAGACAUCCAGCAGAAAACAAAAAAGUCUCCAUCACAAAACCCUAAAACAGGUUAUGGGUCGAAGUUGGCCGAUUCCAGACUUUUUUUUAUGGGUAAAGCUCUACAUCCUAUCCGCAAGAUUAUGUUACUGUUCACUUAUACUAACUACAUUUACCAAGGACCUAACCCACUUUAAUUCCUUCUCAUAGGCUAAUGGUCACUUACUAGCUCCGCUAGGGUUGGUGCACAAUGAUAUAUAUUAGACGAGGCAAGACUACCUAGCUCAUAGGAGUGUUCAUCAACCGAUUCAAACUGCUGUGACCGAACCGAAAAACCUAAAACCGAAUUAACCGAAAACCAAAAAAUCGAAAACAAAAAAAACCCGCAAAAUUUAAUUGAAUUGGAUCAAUUUUUGGAUUGGUUGGUGAAAACCGAUCCAAUCUAAACUGAUUCAAUGAUUCUUAACCCUUACCAUCUACCUACUUGGGCCUUUCCCAUAUCAUAGCCCAAAAAACAUAUAGCAAAAUUCUAAAUUCAAGACCCAUUAACCCAUCAUGUUGGAGAAAGUGAGUUGUGUUUGAUCUAUGUUAUGCUUCUUCUUCUUCUUUUUAGUAAGAUACAUAAUAUAUUUUUAUUACAUGGGUUAUUGUUGUACAACAACUCCUAUAUAGAAUGAAAAUUUGGGUUACUUCGUAUCUCAAGAAACCAUAUUAUAAAUUUUUUGUUGGAGGUAAAAGAUGGUAAUUCAACUUUUUGUUGUAUAAUGCUUCUAGAUUGCACAAUGAUCAUCAUACAAACUUUACAAAGCCGAUACAUACAAAAGAUAUGUUAUUUGCUCAAUAAUCAUCAUAUAAAUCUUAGACUUUUCAAAAAAACGAAAACUGAUCCAAUCCAAACAGAAUAAAAUUAGAUUGGAUCGGAUCGGAUUUAAAAAAAAAUCCAAACGGUAUGGAUGAUUAUAUGAUUAAACCGAAGGGAUUGAAUCAGAUGAUUUUUGCUUCCAAAACCGAUCCAAUCCAGACCGCGAACACCCCUUAUAGCUCAUAAAGUAUUUUAACAAAACAUGUACAGAUGAAGAGAAACUAAUAAGGAAAAACAUAUAUUGAGAAACUGACAAGGGAAAGAAUAUACAUUAAAACAUGAAAAUUAAAGAGACACAGUACCUUGGAUAGGGAGAAGGAAUUCCUUUCCGAAAAUCCUCGAAAAGCUCUUCAAGAAAAUCGAAGAAGCAAGAACAGGUUUGUAAUAUUAAGAAAAGUUUUUAUUUACACAAAGAAAUAGUACAAACCUAUUGCAUAUAUUUUAGACACAAGAUUCUCACGCAUACAUCACUUGAUGAUUUUACAAAUGGUUACAACAUCUAUUUAUAGACUUGAAUUAAAGUCUAUAGACUCGAAACACGAACUUAAGCCAUAUUAAAGAAUCAUUUCUUUUCUUUGUUGAUUAGGCAUUCUAGGCCCUA